CUUAUAACUUUUUUUCUCUCUUUAUCUUACUAAUGUCCCGUACACUCUACGACAAAGUCUGGGAUGACCAUGUCAUCGAUAGCCAGGAAGACGGCACUUGUCUGAUCUACAUCGAUAGACAUCUUGUUCAUGAAGUCACCAGCCCUCAAGCCUUUGAAGGUCUUCGUAAUGCCAGCAGACGUGUUCGUCGUCCUGACUGUACUCUCGCAACUGUGGACCACAACAUUCCCACCACCACACGCAAGAAGUUCAAGAGCAUCACUACUUUUAUUGACGAGGCUGAUUCGCGAACCCAGUGCGAGACUCUCGAAACAAACGUCAAGGAGUUUGAGCUGACCUACUUUGGAAUGGAAGACAGUCGUCAGGGUAUUGUCCACGUUAUCGGUCCCGAGCAGGGUUUCACACUUCCCGGCACCACUGUUGUGUGUGGCGAUUCCCACACUUCCACUCACGGAGCCUUCGGUGCUCUUGCUUUUGGUAUCGGUACUUCUGAGGUCGAGCACGUUCUGGCCACCCAGACCCUUUUGCAGAAGAAGUCCAAGAACAUGCGUGUUUGCGUUGAAGGUGAAUUGACACCUGGUGUCACUAGCAAGGAUGUAGCUUUGCAUGUUAUUGGUCUUAUUGGUACCGCAGGUGGAACUGGAUGCGUUAUCGAGUUUUGUGGAUCUGCCAUUGCCUCGUUGUCUAUGGAAGCCCGUAUGUCGAUCUGCAACAUGUCUAUUGAAGGUGGCGCUCGUGCAGGCAUGAUCGCACCUGAUGAGAUUACAUUCGAGUACCUCCGUGGAAGACCUCUUGCUCCCGAAGGCGCCGAGUGGGACAAGGCCGUUCAGUACUGGAAAUCCCUCAAGUCUGAUCCCAACGCCAAGUAUGAUAUUGAUGUUAAGAUUGCAGCUUCAGAUAUUGCUCCCACCAUCACUUGGGGAACAAGUCCUCAAGAUGUCGCUCCCAUCACUGCCAAUGUCCCUGAUCCCUCCAGUGUCUCGGAUCCCGCUCGCAAGGCUGCUAUGGAACGUGCCCUGGAAUACAUCGGCUUGGUUCCCAACACUCCCUUGGAAGAGGUUAAGAUCGACAAGGCAUUCAUCGGAAGUUGCACAAACUCUCGUAUUGAGGAUCUCCGUAGUGCAGCCAGCAUUGUCAAGGGUAAACAUAUUGCUGACUGGGUCUACGCCAUGGUUGUUCCCGGUUCAGGCUUGGUGAAGCGUCAAGCAGAGCGUGAGGGUUUGGAUAAGGUGUUCACUGAUGCUGGUUUUGAUUGGAGAGAGGCCGGUUGUUCGAUGUGUCUCGGUAUGAACCCUGAUCAGUUGAGCCCUGGAGAGAGAUGUGCCAGUACCAGCAACCGUAACUUUGAGGGCAGACAAGGUGCCGGUGGCCGUACUCAUCUUAUGAGCCCUGCCAUGGCUGCCGCUGCCGCUAUUCGUGGCUACCUUACUGAUGUCCGCAAGUUCUCUUCCACUCCCAUGGUUCCCCGCAGUCCUCCUCCAAAGUUCCAGACCAUCCAGCCAAAGGUCGAGGAUGAAGCUGCCCACAAGCAAGCUGCCGACCAGGCCGAUCCUGUCACUGACUGUCCUCCUGCUGGUAGUCCCGUCAACAAGGGUGCUCCUGUCGCAAGCGCCAUGCCUGCGUUUACCACACUUAAGGGUGUUGCUGCUCCUCUGGCCAUCUCCAACGUCGACACUGACAUGAUUAUUCCCAAGCAGUUCCUCAAGACCAUCAAGCGCACUGGUCUCGGCAGCGCUUUGUUCUAUGGCCUUCGUUAUGAUCCUGCCACUGGUGCUGAAAAGCCUGAUUUUGUUCUCAAUCAACCCGCCUACCGCUCAUCAAAGAUCCUGGUCUGUACUGGUCCCAACUUUGGCUGCGGUAGUUCCCGCGAGCAUGCUCCUUGGGCUUUUAACGAUUUUGGUAUUCGCUGUAUUAUUGCCACAAGUUUUGCCGACAUUUUCUUCAACAACUGCUUUAAGAACGGCAUGUUGCCAAUCAUUCUUUCCCAGGAGCAGGUCGAUACCCUCGCCAAGUAUGCCACACAGAAGGCUGAGAUUGAAGUUGAUCUUGUUCAUCAGAAGAUUAGAUACCCCGGUGGUGAGAUUCCUUUUGAUGUCGAGGAAUUCCGCAAGCAUUGUUUGGUGAAUGGUUUGGAUGACAUUGGUCUUACUAUGCAGAAGGAUAGCGCGAUUGAGAAGUUCGAAGCCAAGCGUACUUCUACCUGGCCCUGGUUGGACGGCAAGGCAUACAAGGGAAAGGCUACCAAGGUCACUGCUAUUGGAUCAGCUUCUCAGCCCGCUAAAAAGUUGGAUUGGUAGAAUCCUUCAAUUUAUCAUAUAUAUAUAUAACUCUAUAUAUAAAAAAUAUACUUCAUUAUCCUCUUAAUCCUUUCCAUAUUAAACAAUAAAUCAAAUCCUGUAAAUUUCUGUUCAUAUCUUACACAACCAAGUCUUUCUUUCCUUUUUGAGAAACAAUGUUCUUUUCUAUUUGUGGGGAUGUGCGUUUAGUAUACAGAAAUUGUGCAUAUUUGUGGCGAAUAUAUAUAUAUCAUAGGAGGCUUGGAAACUUUGUAUUAAAAGAUGAAUUUUCCUUUUUAGCUUU